CCGCUCCCUGCCCGCCGCCGCCGUCAACCCCGGCCGGAACCGGAGCGCCGCUCCCCCGCACAUGCGCAUUGCGGCGCUCGCCCGUAGGCCCGGGCCUGCCAUCCGCCCGGGCCCGGGGCGCCUGGGCUCGGCGUGGAGCCAUGGGCAGGACGAUCGACUCAUGUGUAGAAUGUUGUGAGUCUAUGGAGCACCUUGGCAGUUUCUUUCCCUCUUCCUAGAAGGCCAGGUGUCACAGGAAAACUUCGCUCUUUGGUUACAAGAAUUAAGUGGCAUCCAGAAACAGCAGCGCGUUACUGACCUUCUGCUGAGUGGAUACCGGCGCCGUUAAAAAUGUCUCUUCCUUCCUGGAAGCUCAGCAGAGAGUUAGCGUUCCCAGGCUGCUGGAUCCCUCCCGUGUUAACGGAUAAGAUUUGCUAUGUGCCCUGUAACUCCUGCCCUGGGACUCGCUGAGCGGUGGGGUGCCCGAUGCCUGUGAUCCCCAUUCCCCGCCGGGUCCGCUCGUUCCACGGCCCCCACACGACCUGCCUGCACUCGGCCUGCGGCCCGGUGAGGACCACGCACUUGGUGCGUACCAAGUACAACAACUUUGACAUCUAUCUCAAAUCCCGAUGGAUGUACGGAUUCAUCCGGUUCCUGCUGUACUUCAGCUGCAGCCUCUUUACCUCCAUCCUCUGGGUGUCACUCUCGGUCUUGUUUUGCCUUCAGUACCUCGGCAUCCGGAUCUUUCUGCGUUUCCAGUACAAACUCUCCAUCAUCCUCCUCUUGCUUGGGCGCAGGCGGGUGGACUUCAGCCUCAUGAAUGAACUGCUCAUCUACGGGAUUCACGUGACCAUGCUGCUAGUGGGGGGGCUGGGAUGGUGUUUCAUGGUAUUUGUGGAUAUGUAAAUAAAACAAGCGCAUGUGGGCCAAGAA